CAAAAAUGGCGACGAUGCUUCACGAAUCUUAGUGAAGGCAAACAAUACAGUGAAGAGACCUUCUGAAAACAAUUUAGUCUACUUCAGAAUCUACUUUUAUCGAUUCUGCAGAGCAAAAGCAAGUCUCAAAUAACAAAUUACAAUGGCAACGCCAAUCAGCCAAGAUGGAGAGGCAGAAGUGAUUACAGCUAGACGCACAGAAUCACUUGAUGCACCUCACAUCAUCAAACUAGUAGAACCAUGGACAGAGAAGUUAUUUGGGAGAGUCAACAUUGUAAAUGUUAUUGAGAAGGCUGUGCUGGCCAUUACCUUGAACAACAAGAACGAGGAGAUAAUGGGCCACGCAGCUUUCUUGGAUUUCCCAAACCUCCCUGACAUUGACUCGGCGAAGUGGGAGGACUGGUUCAAUACCAAGUAUGCAGGAGGACAGGUGAACUCUCUGAAUGCGCUGUUCCUUCACUACUUCGUCGCCAAGAAGGAAUACGCCAUGGGAUGUGCCCAGGAGAUCAUCCGUACGGCCUUCAAUGCUGUCCCGGACUUGCAUUUCCUGUUCCUGUCUGUUCCUGUGGGACAGUUUCCAGAUCCCUCCCUGGCUCAGGCGUUCAAACCCAUGGAGAAACGAGAGGACGGCCAGUCUGACAGCAGUGUCCUCUUUGUGUGCCGGCGACACGACCACGUGCCCGUGCUGCACAUCCGACAAGCUUUCGUGGAGGACCACGACGACCUGACCCCGAUCUUCAACCGUCAGAGCGACAUGCUCCACAACACCUACGGAGACUACUUCCUGGCAGAACUCAUCGAGGCUCAGGACGCUGACAUGCAUUGCCUUGUGGCUGAGGUGGAGAAGACGUCAUACGGCUUCAUGAGCAUCAGCACCGAUGUGAACCUGGACGUGCUGAACCAGUGCUUCGAGCUGGUGCCCUUCAAUGGUCUGAGGAAACCUCACCCCGAUGACAUCACACAGCCGCCGCCCACUCCCCCGGCCACGCCCCCCAAGACGAGCCAGAGCAGGAAUCUCUGGGCUCUAAGUCGGCCAGCACAGCCGCGAUAGAUGAGGGAGCGACAGAGGGCGUGAACGGAGAGAAGAGUUUGGGCGCUGACGCUGUGGCAGAGAGUAGUCCCAAAGGAAGUAAACACAGCUCUAGAGCUGGAAGUCCGGCGCAAGAAGUGAAGACGGACCAUCGUCUGAGCGACGCGGGCUCCCCCAGCAUGGUCUGUGAGCUGUCAGAUUACGAGCAGAACAUCAAGGAGGCCGCAGAGACUGUGGAGAAAUCGAGCCCCCUGUCCCAGCCCAUGACCCCCAAAGAGCUGGUCCCCCCGAGCCAGAAAAGAUUCGUCCCCACCUACCACGGUGCGCCCAACGCCUUCAGCAUACAGCUCUUCUGUGUCGCCGAGCAGUACGAGAUGAGAUCCUGUGACUUUUUGGUCAAGGCUUUCUCUAAAUUUCCCGACCGGGACUUCUGCAUCGUGACCGUGCCUCACAUGGUGCCAGAGUUUCCUCUCAUCCAGAACUUUGUGAAACUUGCGUGUGCGCCCGGCCUGCACCAGUGACCUUGAGGCUGUGGAGAAACUGGUGACCACCAUAGAGCUGAAGGAGAACAUUCUGGAAGAUCUCAAACAGUUCAACGCCGCUCGCAGAGAUAUUGAUGGCACAGAGAUCCAGGCGUACGUCGCAGAGUGUCUCGAUCAGGUGGUGGGCGUCGCCGUGGUCCGCAGGGAGGAGGAGAUAGAGUACAUCCGGUCCCACUACAACAUCGAGGACUUCAUCUACUACAACCACCACCGGCGAGAGGACCACGGACACCUGCACCACUUUGUCCUCAACCCCGUCUUCUCACACCUCACCAAACAUUUCUUCAAGGAGAUCCUGAGACUGGCGCACAAGACCUGUCUACACUACCCACUCUACCCGCCCUACACCACCAAAGAGAACCUAGAGAACCACACCCUGGUGAGCGGCCUCAAUGCGCUGGUUCCCGUGCGCACCAGGAGACAGAUCGUCUACCCUAAGGAAGGUCUGGGCAUCAACGGACCGUCGGAGCGUGUGCUCAAAGAAUUCCCGCCCUACGCGCUCAACCACGUCAACAGGAAGCUGGUUUUGGAGCCCAAA